AUGGUCAUCUCCCCGCCCCCCCGUCCCUCUGAACUAAAGCUUCACUCCCCCUUUCUCUUUUCAGCUCCUCACUUUUCUUAAAAAAAAAAAAGAAUAAGAAAAAUCGUCUCCAGUCUAGGGUUUUCUCAGCUUGAUUUUGAUGUUAUUCUAUCUAUAGAAACUUCCUGUGAUGGAGGUUUGAGAGGACAUUUUGGUAAUUAGUUACCGUUGAGAGGCGUUGUUGAUGGUUUUGAGGAAGGAGAGUUAGGGUUUUGAGAGAUGGAUGACUCUUCAUGGAAGGUCAAAUGUAGCUCUGCUACACUGCAGCAGCCUUUAAUGGCUACUCCUUCUUCAACAACGCCUCAGGAAGCUCGAAAUCAGCUGGAGGUUAACUCGGGUCAAUAUUUUUAUCCUCAUGCUGGACAUGAUUUGAGAUCACAAGGGCGUGGAAGGAUGCCGGAUUCCAUGGUUUCCAAUAUUCCCAAUUUAAGUUCCUAUUCGGGCAAUUGUGACCUUGGAAAUUCAUUUCUGGCUCUCCUAUCUGGCCCAGCAUCAUUUUCCCCGUGUGAUUUCCAUGAAUUACCAAAUCCUAAACAAUUUAGUGCCUCUAGUAGAGUUCCUUCUGAAGACACUGGUUCAUUGUUUAAUGCUUCUGGAAGUCGGGCUCCAUUGAUGUCAAGUAGGAUACCAUCAGGAAAUUUAAGCAAUCAAAACCAGAGAAAUGGAGCAAAUCCAGUUGUUUCAUCCAAGUGUGCAUCUACUUCCAAUUCUGUUCUGCAACAUUGUCUCCAGGGUGCAAACUUUGCUAUGCAUAGUUCAGACCUGGCUAAGGCAGUCAUCCAUUAUAAGGUUUCUGAUAAUGAGAAGGUAAAAGAUUCCUCUUCUCUGAGAGGGGAAUGGCGGAGUACUAACCCUGCAAAUGCUGUAAAGCUCCCAGAUACAAACUGUCAAAUGCCAGGAAAAUUAGCAUUAGAACCAGAGCUUUCUGUUUCUAAGAAUUCAUCUGCUCUUUCUAACCAGUACCCUCGUGUAUUUUGUUUGGGUAAAAGUGGAGAGCUACUUCUGAGCAGUACAGGACUCCUAGGCAUUCUUUGCUCAUGUCAUUGCUUCCACAUGUCUGUAUCCAAGUUUUGUGAGCAUUCAGGAUUAUGGAAUGUUAACCCUGGAGUUGCUGUUCAUAUGGAGAAUGGAGAGACCAUUGCUCAGUGGCGUAAGCUCUACUUCCAGAAAUUUGGGAUCAGGGUUCCAGAAGAUCAGAGUGGGUGGGACUGGCCUGAAGGAUUACCCUUGACUGCUAGUUUGGUGCAUUCCAGUGUGCCUCUUCCUUUGUCCAAGCAUUCUGACUGCAAUCAUCUGGUUGGGUCUUCUGAAGGUUUAGUGAGGUCUGGACAGCCUAUCGACAGUGUUGUUUUUCCAAAGAAUCCCCUUACAGACUAUAACUUAAACCAGAAUCCAGUUUUUGAUGUUUUAGACAAACAGAAGAGAAAUGGUCAAGGUGGUAACAAUUUUCUUGGGUUGGCUGGCACCUUGCUCAGCAAUUUACAUGGUGUGGGGAAUAACACACCACAUGGUGUGACAGAUAGCACUAUCUCUAGGUGUACAAUUAUGCCCACUUUUGUUGGCAAAGGACCUGAGAAUGGUAGCCAGUCCAUAUCUGCAUAUAUUGACAAUAUUGUGAAGAGUGGGAGUUUUUCAACCACCAAUUCUGCGCUGCAAAAUGCAAGAACUCUUUUUAGAUGUUCUGAUGUCAGCAGAGCUAAAGAUGAAAAGCAUUGUGUAAUUAUAGACAAGGAUGCUGCUUCUUCAAGCAUAGAGUUGAGGCUUGGGCAACCAAAUGAGCAGAAUUGGUCUUCAGGAAAUCCAGUUCUAUCAGCAGUUGGGCCACCAUCAUGCAACUCUCUUGUGAAUUCACAUAAGCCAAGUACCAGAGAGCAGAUGAUUCAUUAUGUGACCAGUUGUGGGGGAGAUGGGGAAUCCAGACAAGGUCUUCCUCAUGUAGCUGGCCUGUUAAAUUCUGCAAGGGAACAAGACCAGUUGAACUAUGGAUGCAGUGCAAUCAAGAAUACGAUUAAUGUUGGCAAAAUAGAAAAUUUUAAAGGCCAGGUGGCUAAGAGCACAGUGUUUUUACCAUUUAAACACUUUAAUAGUCCACUCGAGGGCAACUCAUACUCCAGAUCUACUAGUAAUGUUGUCAAUAGCACUGAGCAUAUUGUGCAUGAAACAUUACAUAGCGAAUCUCAUGCUGUCAAGUACCCAGGCAAUGUCCCCUUGAAUGGUGGAAAUGGUUUAGAAAGGCAAAGGACUGACCCUGAGUUUGGUUUCUCCAGACCUAGAGACAAGGGUAAAGGCGUGGGGUGUCUUACUGGUAACUCUUUUGAUGAAACAAAUUUGGUGUCUAGAAUGCAUAAUUGGAAGAAAAAUCCAAGCUCUUUUUCUGAAGUCAUAAAUGGAAACAUUUGUGCUGCUUUUCCCAUGAUGCAUGAAAAGAAUCACAUUCCAAAUCACUUGUCUAGCAUACCACUGGAAGCAUCUGAUGCUGGGAGCUUGUCUAACUAUCUUGAUAAGGUUCCUUCUUUUGGUACUGUUGAUCGUGUCUUCCCUGGAUCCUUUGGUUCGUCUAUGGGUUCUGGGCAAAGUUUUCCAUCACAAGCAGUUCCACUGGGUUCAGGGCUGACUCCGGCCAUGUUGAAACAAGAUGGAAUUAGUGCAAGCCCUUAUUUACUUGAUGAUAAUCUAAGAUUGCUUGCAUUUAGGCAGAUAUUGGAAUUAUCCAAGCAGCAACAUGAGAUGUCUCCCCUUGGAAAGAACCCAGAACAAGAUAGAUGUGUCAAACUACAGCAUUCUCUGUUUGAACCAGCAGCAUCUGGAUUAAAUCGACACGAGACUACUUUUAUUAGUAAACAGAAUGUUUCAGAAGUUUCCAUGAAAUCAACCCAAUCUACUCCUACUGUUAAGAUGGGUGAUGAUGUUGCUAAAUUUGCUCAUGUGACAGGUUUGAGCAACUGGUGCAAUUUCUCAACAUUGACACAAGGAAGGCCAUUUUAUAGUCAAGAAAAUGACAAGCAGUGUCAACUUUCUCAUGGUCAUCUUCAAAAUGAACAGCCCUCAUUGAGACUUGGCAGGAAUGAACACAACAUCACUGAUUCAAAUGAGCCUGAAAGCUGCUGUCAGAUAAAGCAAUAUUUUCAAACUUACUGCAGAUGUGCAGCGCAUACGAAAUGUUUAGGAGGGAAAUGUGUGAUGGCUUCACAAAUUGCUAAAGAUAACAUCAUUCCACGUGAAAAUACUAUUUCCUUAGAUCACUGUGGAAAAUUGAAGGGGCAAGCACCUAAGAAUAUCAGUUGCACCUCUCAGUGGAAAGAUGUGCCAAGCAAGAAAAAAAAUGUCUGCCAGGGGGCUCGUGUAGACCAAUCAGCUGGCAACUUGGACAGACGACAACAUGAAUCAGGUCAUCUUGGAGACACAGCUGCUAAGUGUUCCAGUGGAGCAGUGCACAUGGUUGACUCCUUCAGAGAGCAAGAAAUAUCUAAUAUAUCUUCUGGAUGUUCUACCCCUGCUGUUACUCAGGCAUCAAAUGAGGUUAACAAAGUGGAUUCUUCAAUGGCUGUUACUGGAAAUGCUAGCUGCAUGAAACAUCUUAUAGUUGAUGAAGGAUCAGGCAUUGAUAAAUGCUGGUCAUCAGACGAUGCUGUUGAAAGUGACAGAAGUGCUGGCUUCUGUGGCUCUACUUGUAAGACAGGACUGUGGAAAGAUGGAUCUUCAAAAGUCAUUAACAAUCAAUCAUCUCGAAGUCUUCUUGAUGAGGUUAAGCUCAUGGAUUCCUUGACAUGGAAGAGAGGCCGAAAUCAAAUCCAGGGUGAGGUUACUGUUCUUGAGAAAACCAAUCAUCCUCCUGAACCUGAAAGGGGCUUUAAAACUGCAAAGAGGAAGAGAGAAACAAAACCAGAGAUGCUGGAUGCAUCACGAGGCACCGCUGGUCAUGCAGUGCAGGAUAAAUAUCCUGAGUGUGAUGAAACUGCCAAUCAGCGCUGUUUAUCCAAAGAUGCCUACAUUGUUUCGUCUGGCCUAGAAAUGCCUUACACUUCUCGUGUAUCCUCUAUAAAACCUAAUUCCAAUGGAAAGUCUAUAACGUCCCUGUCCAAACCACUUUCUCGUAAGAGAGAUUUACAAGAACUUUAUAAUGGAAGGGAUGGAGAGGAUGAGGAUGGGGAAGAAUUAAAUGAUAAUGCUUCUUCAUGUAAAAUCAUUGAGGUUUCAGGCAGAAAGAAAUUCAGAAAGAGCGGGACUUCUGAUGGUUGCGCAGAGUCUCAGACACUAGAGCCAGCUUGUGCUGUUGGUGAAAAAACUAUGAGGUGUGCUCCAGUGAGUCAUCUGAAGGUGUCUUCGAGUCAACAGUCGAGUGUUUGUUACAGGAAGCCAAGGCCAGUGGUGUGUGGGAAGUAUGGUGAGAUAUCUAAUGGAGAAAUGGUUGGAGAUCUACCAAAACCAGCCAAAAUUGUUUCUCUUGAUACGAUACUUGGAACUACGAAAAAAUGCACACCUCCCAAAAACAAAAAACCUACACUAACUUCCGUGAGGGAGUUGAAGAAGACAAGCUUUGGUUCGACUAAUGCAUGCAGAUCCUCCCAUAUGAAGAAAGAAAGUGGAGGCAAUGAUGCUUCAGGUUUUGACGAGAUGAUUUUUUGCAAUUCUGUCGAAGAGAGGGAGACUGCAUCUGUUGGACAGGACAAGCAUUUUGCUGAUGAGUUGUUGGUGUUGAAAGAGGGAGACAGCAAAACUGAGGGAGGUCGUGGUAUUUUAGGCAGUAGUGCUCACACUCAGUCAAAGCCAAAGUUCAAGGAAAUUCGUAGACGCAGCCUUAACGAGCUUACUUUGAAAGGAAUGAGUUCCUGUUCUGUGAAGAUUUCACAUAAGAACAUUAUGAAAUGUGGACAAAAGAUGAAAGAUGGGAAAAUUAUAAAGAGUUCUGAAGAUUCUAAUUGUCGCACACAUGAAUCAGGCGAAGUCAAUGCCAAAAGAAAUAUUCUAGAGCGAGAGCACUUGUCUGCUACGGAUUCAGAUUCAUUCUGCUGUGUCUGUGGAAGUUCAAAUAAAGAUGAAGUUAAUUGCUUACUAGAGUGUGGUCAAUGUUUAAUCAAAGUACACCAGGCUUGCUAUGGCAUUUCCAGAGUGCCUAAAGGUCACUGGUAUUGCAGACCUUGCCGAACUGGUGCAAAAUAUACUGUUUGUGUUCUUUGUGGUUAUGGAGGUGGGGCUUUGACCCAGGCACUUCGGAGUCAUGCAAUAGCGAAAAGCCUUUUGAAAGCUUGGAGCUUUGAAACAGAAAGCAGGCCUAAGAAUUCAGAUUCUUCUGCCGUAACAUUACAGGAUGAAUUUAGCAAGUUGCACGCCUCGGGAUUUGUGCAUGGAAAUAACUCUUAUCCAGUUUUAAGACCUGAAAAUAUCGAGUCAUCCACUCCAUCUGUUUGGAGUAUUGAUAUGCAGAAGCAAUUGAAUAAUUUACGGAAUUCCUUGUCUUGUGUUAGUAAUCUGAAGGUACAUAACAGCAUUACAGCUGGAGUACUUGAUUCCACUGUUAAGCAGUGGGUUCACAUGGUUUGUGGCCUUUGGACUCCUGGGACACGAUGCCCAAAUGUUGAUACCAUGAGUGCCUUUGAUGUGUCAGGUGCUUCACACCCUAGAGCAAACACGGUUUGCUCCAUGUGUAAUCGACCUGGUGGCUCAUGCAUACAAUGCAGGGUUGCGAACUGCUCUGUUCAAUUUCAUCCUUGGUGUGCUCAUCAGAAGGGCCUGUUGCAAAGUGAGGUUGAAGGUGCAGACAAUGAAAAUGUUGGCUUUUAUGGGAGAUGUGCACUUCAUGCCAGGUACGCAGCAGAUGAAUGUACAUGUGAUGCUUCCAACAAUAAAACAGGUUGUGUCGGAGAAAAGGAAGAGAGUUGUGCCAGGACUGAGGGCUACAAGGGACGGAAACGAGAUGGCUUUUGGCAUAAUCUUCAUGGCCAAUCAAGAGGGAAGGGUGGAUGCCUUGUUCCCCAGGAGCAGCUUAAUGCUUGGAUGCACAUUAAUGGACAGAAGUCGUGCACUGGGCUUUCUAAGUUGCCAAUGUCAGAUGUGGAGCAUGAUUGUCGGGUGGUGGAGUAUGUGGGUGAGAUUGUUGGGCAACGUGUGGCUGAUAAAAGAGAGUACGAGUAUGGAAGAAAGCUGCAAUACAAGAGUGCUUGCUACUUUUUCAGGAUUGACAAAGAGCAUAUUAUUGAUGCAACACGUAAAGGGGGCAUUGCUCGUUUUGUCAACCAUUCGUGUCUGCCAAAUUGUGUCGCCAAAGUGAUUUCUGUGAGGAAUGAAAAGAAGGUGGUUUUUUUCGCUGAGAGAGAUAUAUAUCCAGGAGAAGAGAUAACAUAUGACUACCAUUUUAACAAUGAAGAUGAAGGUAAGAAGAUCCCUUGUUUUUGCAAUUCAAAAAACUGCAGACGAUAUUUGAAUUGAUAAUCAAUUCUUCUUGUAAAUACUACAUUUUUCUAACCCCCUCAAUCAAGCCAGUUGUUAAUAUCUAGCCUCCGAACAUGAAAGCAUUACACCAUUCCCUGGUGGUCACCAUGAUAAUCUACAUAAGAGUAUGUUAUGUAUGCUAUGAUAUGCAUGGAGAGAGCAAGACUUUCCUACCUGAACAGAACAUGACUUGUGGCCACUGACAAGUCUAGCUGCUGCAAAAUUGGAUGAUGUGGAAUUUUAUGGUUUUGAAAACGAAAGCAACAUUGUUGUUUUUUUUUU